AUGAAGUUAUUCUCCACGCUCUCUCUUCUUCUUCUUGCGUCAGUUGUAGCCGCAGAAGAUAAGACCAAUGAGACAUCUCAAGCCACAAGUCAGACCCAGCCGCAGAGUAGCUCGGGAGACGGGGCUUCGAAGGGGUUGCAAAACUGCCUAAUGCCAGAACUGAAGAAAGGACAUGUUCUCAGGGCUACGUGCUUUGCCGAUGGAAGUAAGGACUCGCUGAUUCAUGGCGAGUUGGACUUGAAUCAUUGUUUCGGUGCGAGCCUGUUGAAGGGCGAAUUGUCGGCGGAGCCUAAUGGACACUUCAGCCGAAAAUGCGUGAAGUGUGAGCUAGGGGGAGAAACUCGUGGUACCGGAACCCACGCUGGGGCAUGGACACUGUACUGUCACUGUCUUGCCCCUAAAGCCCAAAUUCGAUUGGAACCUACUGUCCAGAUGAACAAACAGGGUCUUCUUGAGUGCCACGGCCAUGUUGCAAAGCCAAUCAGCCCAUGA